AUGUCAGGCUUGCUAGGCAUUCCAUUAUUAGUCUUAACUGAUUCAUAUAAAGCAUCUCAUACAUUAAUGUAUCCUGAUGCCAAAAAGUGUGUUGCAUAUGGCGAAUUUAGAAAAGGCUACAAUGGUGAUAAAGAAGAUACACGUGUUGUUUUUUAUGGUAUCAGAUACAUGUAUGAAAUUGAAAAUUAUGUUGCUAUUAAAUGGACUUUAAAAGACGUUGAAUUGGCAGAAAAAUUUUUUGCUACACAUAAUGCCGGUUAUACAAGUUUUCCCUUUCCAAAGGAUUUAAUUCUCAAGUUUAUUAAAGAAAAUGAUGGUUACUUUCCAAUAAAAAUUGAAGCAUUACCAGACGGCACACCAUGUCAUGUUCACACUCCAGUUUAUCAAAUUACUGCUGAAAAAGAAUAUUCAUUAUUAGUUACCUUUUUGGAAACAUUAAUAACUAUGAUUUGGUAUCCUUCUACUGUUGCAACACUUUCUCGCCGUGCACGUGAUCAUAUUGAGAAAGCUUAUAAUGACACAGUGGAUAAUGAUGGCUACUGGUCAUUAGAAGGUCGAUUACAUGACUUUGGGUUUCGUGGCUGUACUUCUAUUGAACAAUCAAUUAUAGGUGGUUCAGCACAUCUAAUUAAUUUUAUAGGUACUGAUACCAUGAGUGCUGCAUAUUAUGUACAAUAUCAUUUGAAUAAUGGAAAUCCCGUAGCAACUUCAAUUCCUGCUACCGAGCAUUCUGUAAUGACUGCUCACAAAUCUGAAAAAGAUGCAAUGUUGAAAGUUAUUAAUACUUUCGGAGCUGGUGUAUUUGCAUGUGUAAUGGAUUCAUAUGAUUAUAAAAAUGCUUUAGACGAAGUUUUACCAUCAGUUGCCUCAGGAAAAAUUGGUAAAGGUGGAUACAUGGUUCUCAGACCCGAUAGUGGUGAUCAAAAAGGAUACAAAGUUAUAAAUGGUUGUGGAGUGAUUCAAGGUGAUGGUGUGACAAUUGAUAGUUUAGAAGCUAUAUUGAAAGCAACAGGAGAAGCCGGUUAUUCAGCUCAAAAUGUAGCUUUUGGAAUGGGAGGAGGCCUAUUACAAAAACUUAAUCGUGAUACAAUGAGCUUUGCUACAAAACUCUCACAUAUUACCUAUGCAGAUGGUACUCAAAGAGAUAUAAUGAAAACGCCAAAGACAGAUGUUGGAAAAUUUAGUUUGCCUGGUGAAUUUGUUGUGAAAAGGAAUGCAGAAGGGAUACCAAUUGCAUAUCCAAAAGAAUCCUUUCCUGAAAAUGAUCCGGACAAUUUACUUCGAGUGGUAUAUGAUCAUGGUAAAGUAUUUAAAUGGGACGAUUUUGACACCAUAAGAAAGCGUGUAGCUAAAGAAUGGCCUUUAUUACCACCAAAAUUUGAUAACAUUAGUCCAGCAUUAAAAUUAAAGGUUGAUAAUUUUAUUCGUGCUCAAUCUACUUAA